AUGGGCUCGCAAAGCCCGACCAACGCAAACGACCGCCCGCGCCUGACCGAGGCCCAGAAGAAGGAAAACCACAUCCGCUCCGAGCAGAAGCGCCGCGAGGCCAUCCGCGAGGGCUUCGACCGUCUGGCCUCGAUCGUGCCGGGCAUGGACGGCCAGGGGCGCAGCGAGGCCGUGGUGCUCGAGGCCACCAUCAGGUUCAUGCGCGACAAGAUCGUCGAGCGCCAGCAGAUCAUCGCCGACGCCCACGCUCAGGGCAUCGACACGGCAGCCUGGGACCUGCCCAAGGAGACGCUGGACGCCUGCAACGCCCAGCUGCUGCGCACCAAGAACGAGGACGCCCAGGCGAACGGCCUCAACGGCAAGAGCUAG